CAAGUCUGUCACUGCAGCGCAAUCAUAUCGAGAGACCAGACAGACCCCUCUGUUGUCAAACAUAUUUAGUAGGAGGGGCGGCGGCUGCGGCUUUAUCUAGGUCCCAGUCCCACUGCUGCCUCCUCCUCUGCUCACAUCUCUUCCCGCCUUCACACUUCAGUGAGGAAGACUAUGGAGGAUGAUCAUUGAUGUUUGAUAUUUGUAUGAAUUAAAAUACAUCCGGAGUUCAGCGGGUCUAUGCCAGACACUUCUAUUGAACGCAAUGAUGGGUCCAUGGAACGCUCUCCUCUACAUUGCAGUCACUGUCUGCCUAUUGAAGGUGUCCCUCCAAGGGGAACCUCAGCGGAGGCUGUACAAGGAUCUUAUGACCAACUACAACCCACUAGAAAGGCCAGUGUUCAAUGACACCCACUCUCUCACCGUCAACUUCAGCUUUAGUUUGAUGCAGAUCAUGGAUGUGGAUGAGAAGAACCAGGUUUUAACAACCAACAUAUGGCUGCAGCUGUACUGGAAUGAUUAUUACCUGCAGUGGAAUCAGUCUGAGUACCCUGGGGUGGCCAAUGUGAGAUUCCCUGAUAGCCAAAUCUGGAAGCCAGACAUCCUGCUGUAUAACAGUGCCGACGAGAGGUUUGAUGCUACCUUCCAUACCAAUGUGUUGGUCAACUCCUCUGGGUCCUGCUCCUACUUGCCUCCAGGCAUCUUCAAGAGCACCUGCUACAUCGAUGUGCGCUGGUUUCCCUUUGAUCUCCAGAGGUGUGACCUGAAAUUUGGCUCUUGGACCUAUGGGGGCUGGUCUCUGGACCUACAGAUGAUCGAGGCAGAUAUCACAGGUUACAUCCCCAACGGAGAGUGGGACCUAGUCGAGGUGCCGGGGCGCAGAAACGAGCGCUUCUACGACUGUUGUAAGGAGCCUUACCCUGACGUAACCUUUACUGUGGUGAUGCGUAGACGUACCCUCUACUAUGGCCUCAACCUCCUCAUCCCAUGUGUUCUCAUCUCCACCUUGGCCCUGCUUGUCUUCCUACUGCCUGCAGACUCUGGGGAGAAGAUAUCACUGGGGAUAACAGUGCUGCUCUCACUGACCGUCUUCAUGUUGCUGGUUGCAGAGAUCAUGCCUGCAACCUCUGACUCAGUACCUCUAAUCGCUCAGUACUUUGCCACCACCAUGGUCAUUGUGGGUCUCUCUGUGAUCGCUACGGUUCUGGUCUUACAAUAUCACCAUCACGAUCCUGAUGGAAGCAAGAUGCCUAAGUGGACUCGGGUGAUUCUGCUCAACUGGUGCGCCUGGUUCCUGCGUAUGAAGCGGCCCGGUGAGGACCGUGUACGCCCGGCCUGCCACAACAAGCAUCCCCAUGGGAGCCUCACCAGCAUGGACCUGAACACCAGCGCCUCAGCCCCCCACUCCACCAACGGCAACAUGCUCUACAUCGGCCUGGAGAGCAUGCACUACACUACAGCUGCCACCUCCCCCGACUCCGGAGUGCUGUGCGGCCGUCUGGUGUGUGGUCGAGGGGAGGACGAGGUGCUCUUGCCCACGCGGCCCACCUCUUCGGCGGGGAGCCUGGAGCCCGAUCUGGCCAAGCUCCUGGAUGAGGUGCGCUACAUCGCCAAGCGUUUCCGCGACCAAGAUGAGGAUGAGUUGGUAUGCAACGAGUGGAAGUUUGCGGCGUCAGUGAUCGACCGGCUCUGUCUCAUGGCCUUCUCUCUCUUCACCAUCCUCUGCACCAUCGGUAUCCUCAUGUCGGCACCUAACUUUGUAGAAGCCAUUUCCAAAGACUUCUUUACCUGAGAGUUUGAAACGUUCACAUGCUUUAGCCAAUAAAUACACUACAUUGUUUUUGAAAUCUCACAUUACAAGACACAUACUUAUAUCAAAUGAUUGAAUAUUUGUCUGUGAUAUAGAGAGAGAAUACAUUAUGUCUGCAUAAAUAUUCAAUUUACAAGGUGUACAGUUUUUUCACAUUCAACUAUUUCCCUGCAGGAUGCUGCAGGAUGUCAUCUGGUGGAAAAUCGUGUUGUAUGUAACUGGCUUAAAGGAAUCUAGGCCUUAGAUGUUACAGCCAAACAACACAGAAGAGGUAAUAGCCAUGCCUUGUAUAGCUUUAUAAAUACCAAGGUUACUUCAAUUGAAUCCAAUGUGUUUUUGUCCACUUGAGUAAUUGCUUGUUGGCUUCCCUUUAUAACUCUCUCAGUUCAAAACGUUCCAAACCUUUUCUCUUAUGUGGUGUAAAGAACAAUAGAUGGAUACCUUUGGGUUCAAGGUUUCUGGCAAAGUUAUUGUUGGUUUUGUGUUUGUAGAUCGUGUGGUGAUAUGUAGUGUGUAGUUUUCUGUGAUUUGAAAAUAUCCAUCACAAAAACACCUUUUUGAGUUUUGGCAACUUUAUUGCAUCAUCAUCAUCAUCAUCAUCAUCAUCAUCAUUAUGUCUACAAGAACAAAACAUAAUACUCCAUCAGCAUUAUGUUUGCACCUGUACAUUUAAAAAAAAACUAAAACUGAUUUAAUUGCCUUUUUGUUUAUUUACUGAUCAUUUCAAUACGUCGUAGUGCUUGGGCUUAUAAAGCAUCCCUAGAAGAUUUGUGACAGGUGCAACAUGUCCUCCAUCAGCUUGGUCUCAUAGACUAGACGUAGCAUAGUAAAUAUAAAUCCGGGACUCUCAAAUGAGUAUAUGUUAUGUUUGGUAUGGUGACAUAAGACAGUGUCUUGGAUUUGCGUAAAUAAUCAUAUGAAAUGCUCUAAGACCAGGUGGCCUCCAUUCAUCACAUUCUCACUAAGGUGUUUGUUACCACUUGUUUUUGUUGUUGUGUAUUUAACAGUUUUACGGUAGAUGCUGUACAUGGAGUUUGAGGACUGAUUAUGUCAGUGCAUUCUCCCUCUCUAAAACACAUGAAUGGAAUUGAACCUGUUUUGAUUGAAGCUUCAUCUUCUUUUAUUCCAUUAUCAAGUAUCUGUGCCACAUACAGUAUAUGUUUUGUGGACUCUCACAAAUAAAUGUAUUUUUCUAGAUGUGAA